UUUUUAUUUAUUUAUUUAUUUUUUUCGGAAGCAAGAAAAUGAAAUUAUAAUGUCAUUAACAUUCAUUCGAACUUUUCAUCAUAAACGAAUACCAAAUUAUGAUGGUUAUUGGACCCAAAUUCUUAAUCGAGCUAUAAAUUCUUCCAAAAAUGAAGAAAAAACUACAAGGGAGCCAAUAUCUAUACCAUUCACUGUAAUCGAAUCAGCACCAGCACCAAUUACGUCUGCUGUAAAAAGGAAACCAGCCUUUGUUUAUUUGAAAGGAAAGCCUAUAGAACUUCCUGAAAAGCCAAAUGCUCCUGAUAAUUGUUGUAUGAGUGGUUGUGCCCACUGUGUAUGGGAUAUAUAUCAAGAAGAUAUGGAUGAAUAUAUACAAAAGAAAAAAGGAUUGAGAAACAAAUUUAUAGAAGCAGGAGAGACAUUACCUAAAGAACUAGAAUCGACAAAUAAUAUAGACGUUAUGGAUGAAAUGGAUCCAACUAUGAAAGCUUUCUUAGAAAUGGAAAGAAAACUAAAGAAUAAAAAUUUUUAGAUAUAUAAAAGUUAUAUAUAUAAAUGUAUGUAUUUAUAGAGAGUAAGAGGUAGAAGAGAAGGAAUAAAUUAUAUAUAUAUGUAUAUAUACACCUUUUGCCAAUAUGAUGUCGCAUAAAUAAAGUAUUGUACUUUUUUUUUUUCAAAUAAAUAUUGCAGUCAGUAUUUUCACACAUUAUCGGUUUAACCAUGGUAGUGAAGUUGACCAAGAAAGUGGGUUUGAGACUAGUAACUGACUAUGAUUAUUAAGGGAAAAUGACUGAAUUUCGCUUUGAAGACUAGAAAUGGACUGAAAGUGAAC